AUAACCUUUACCAUUAACAUCGCAUUCAUGGACGGCAUUUGAAAAAAAUCUAAGUUUUAACGUUUUUAAAAAUACUUUUGACUCUACUGUGGAUUUUUUGAAGCACCCUCGAUGAAAUUAUUCAGAUGAAUCAAAUGCAAAUUUAAAAUGUUCAUGAUAAAUCGAAAAAUGUUUGGUUAGAAUUGUGAUUGUAAUUGUCGGUAACAAUGUGAUGGGAAAGUUUGUCAAUGACCAAUGUGAGUAUAUUGGAUCAAAUAAAUGAGCUCUAAAGAAUCAUGUUUAAAUAUAUCAUUGUGCUAAAUGUAACAAUGUAUCAUUAGAUCUGAUCUUUUUGAUAACACACUUACACACUUGAAGUAGUUGUGCGAUCAAGGUGAUAAAACUGAAAAGAGCACAUGCAAAGCAAACACGAUAAUAUUAGAUACUCUUGUGAUUUCUGUGAACAUGCUUCGACAUCUAAACAGUAUCUAAUGCAACAUAAGUAAAUAUUUAGUAUGAGUUAUAUAAUUUAUUAUUAUUUUCAUUUUUUCGCAAAUUAAUUUCAAAAUAUUACAGAAGUGAAAAUGGCGCUAGCCGCAUGCGAAACCACAGAUAUGGACUCAUUAUAUGCCCAUAGGUGGGAGAUACAUAGAGAUCUUCAGAGUAUUCCUGCGACAACAGAUGAUAAACAAGUGAUAAAGCACGUCAUGAUAGAUAUUCUAAACUUAAAGCACGGUCUUGAGGAUAAUCUUCUCCUGAUAAAACAACUGAGAAUUCAUCUGGAGGAAACUGAACGGCGGGAACUAGUUGUGAAUGCUGCGCGGCAACAUAUAACCUCCAUCAGUACAGUAUAUCAGCUGGGAACCGCGUGGUUGAAGAGUAAUCCGAACCCGCCGCAACCGCAACCGCCGAUAGAUCCGAGAUAUAAUGCUCCUGCACAGAACUAUGGAUUCCAGGAUACAAGAGACCAAUAUCAACAUGUUCCCGGGGGUAAUCCAGUCAACUCGGAAGAUGUUAAGGUGGCACUAGAGGAUAUUAAAAGUUCUGACCUGACCGCCCUACACCCGGCUGUUAUUCUUAAGAAUGAAGACGGUCAACCUAUUAUUACAGAAGUUGAUACUAACGAAGAUGCCGAAGGAACUGGAACUGAAAAACGUAAAUAUCCUUGUGAAAAGUGUGAUUAUGUUGCCAAGCACAGUUCAAAUUUGAUAAACCACGUGAGAAGUAAACAUCAAGGAGUAAAACAUCCGUGUGAUCAAUGUGAUUAUGCAGCACAAACUCCGACCAAUUUAAAGACACACAAGGCAAGAAAACAUGGAAAUGUGAAAUAUCCUUGUGAUCAAUGUGAGUACGUGGCAUAUGCAUCAAUAACCUUGAAGAAACACAUUGCCAGUAAGCAUGAUGGUAUCCGAUAUCCAUGUAGCCAGUGCGGACACAAAUCUACAACUAAGUUUGACUUGAAGCGACACAUAGAAAUCAUCCACAAGGGGGUUCGCUACCCAUGCGAUCAGUGCGAAUAUUCUGCGAUAACAGUCGGUAAAUUGAAAAUACAUAAACGAAGUAAACACGAGGGAGUCUCGUAUCAGUGUAAUAUUUGCCAGUAUACAGCAAUAACAUACGCUACUUUAAAGCUUCAUAAGAAAAGUAAACAUGAAGGUAUUAAUUUUCCUUGUGACCAGUGUGAUUAUUGUGCUGCGACUAUUGGCAAUCUGAAAAUACACAUGAAGGGUCAGCACACUAAUGACAGGUAUCCUUGUGAUAAGUGUGAAUAUAUUGCAAACACAAUGUACAAUUUGAAAAGACACAAGAUGUGUAAGCAUGAAGGAAUCAAUUUUCCUUGUGAUCAAUGUGACUAUGUUGGUGCUACCUCAAAUAAUUUGAAAGGACAUAAAGAGUGCAAACAUCCUGUCGAGCGGCAUUUGUGCGACCAGUGCGAGUACACUGGAACCACUUUGAUCAACUUAAAAAAGCACAUUGAAAGUAAACACGAAAAUGUAAGAUAUCCCUGUGAUCAAUGUGGACAUGCUGCUACCUCCAUUGGGAACUUAAGACAGCACAUGAGGCGGGUGCACAAAGUACAAUAACACUAUUCUUUCUGCAAUUUUUUUCUAAAAAAGUUACACCUGGUCUAUGAUUAGGUUUAGAUUCUGCUCCCUAUGGGAAAUAGUAUUAAAUUUUAAAUGUUUAUUAUCCAGACAAUACUUAGAAACAAAGAUUGAAAUAGUUUUACAUUUUUCAUCUUGAAAACUCUUCCAUAGUGGUCCCAUUACUAUUUACUGUUUAUAUUAAGCUAAUUAGCAAUAUUAAAAUAUCUUAUAUUUUGUAUAAAAUUUGUAAUGACCCUAUCUAAUAGGGAAUUGUGCCAGUAUUUGUAUUUUUUUUACAUCAUUUUAUGACGAUAUUUAUGACCUACUGUAUAUAUUAUGGUAACUAACUAUUAGUGAAUAACCAGAUGAUGCCAAUAUUUUAUGACAUUACUCUUGACCUGUAUAAAAUUGUAUAUUUGAUAUUGUUUUUAUAUUGUAGAAUGUAGCUUUAUUAUUUCAGAAGAUAAAAUGUACAAAUGUUGUAAUGAUCUGUUUGGAUAUUAUUCAAGAUAGAUUAAGUUUGAUGAUAUUUAGCAUAUUUUUCUAGAAAUAGGAAACCCUACGGACCCUAAUACAGGACUAGUCAGCAAUUUUCAAGCAGUGGAUUUCUCAUCGUGUGUUUUUUUAAUUGGACAAUAUUUUGGAAUUUUGUAAUGAAGGGCGUCCAAGGUACAUGAUUGCUAAUAUUCCCAAUUUCCCGAUUAAGUCGUAUAUUCUCCUAUAUACAGGUAUAACCAUAAAACUGUAUAAUAUGAAGACGACAUUAAAGCAAUAAAGUACAUUUGAUGUCUUUACAACCCAAAUAGCUUUACUAGUACGUUAAGUGAUAUAGGGCUGUUUGCAACUGCACAUUUGUUGUGUCUAAUGUUCGCCUGGACGCACCAAAUUGCAGUUUUUUCAAACCUCAUAACGUCUUAUUUAUAACUUUAUUGAGAAGGGUUUUAUACACUAAAGAAAGGUUUUUUUAGAAAGGAAAAAAACGAUACAGGUCCUAGCAAAAUACAUCAAAUAUUAGAAAAGUAAAAUUUUAAGUUUACAAUUACGUCUAGUUUGCAAAUAUAACUUUACUCAAAUAUAACUUUAUUAUAAAAUUUUUAUUUAGGAUAAGAGAAAAACUCAAAACAAGGAAAACCAAUUUACUGAAUAUGUUAAUUUCGUUAUUUUUUCGAGUUAAAAAUAUAACUCCCCACACAACAGGAUGGCCAUUCUAGGUAUUGAUGGAAUCGAGUUAAAUUAAGAAACUAUAAUCAGUUAAAAGAGAUGCUUAUAAAACCAAAAAAUUUUUUUAAAAAAGUAGUUAACUGCAGCAAGUUGGUUUUCGUAAUUGAUGGAGAAUGGGAGCAUUUGUCAGAUAGUUCACAGACUACGUCUGAGACACGCUUGGACUGAAAGAUGGAGCCAUUAAAUGUAUCCAGAAAAAAUUCUGUGUCUAUACAUUCUUUGGAAUGUAUAAUUUAUCCAAAGAAAUAUAAUUUGGCGAAGUAGGAUCUACUCCAGACGGUUUGACUGGUGUUUGCAUCCUUCAUUGAAAGCGGAAACCAAUAGCAAUCAAUAACAGCUAAUACAACUUAAAAUAAUAAUGUGAUAAAAAGUAAAAUGGAAUAAACUGGAGGUUCGUGAGAAGGAAAGAAUGUUAAAAAGAAAGGAGUAUUAAACUACCGAAGAAUGGAAAAGAAUAUAAAUAGAGAACUUCAGUGAUAAUUUAAUCUACACGAGAAAAAGAGAACUAAAAUGGAAGGGAAAUAAAAUUUAAAUAAGUGAUAACUCUAUACUACAAGGAAAAAGAGAAAUCCAAGAGUUAAACUUGAUCAAAAGUUAAAGUGCAGCAUAAUAAACUACAAUAACUAUUUGUAGAAAAUUGAUAGAGUUAACAUGGUGUAAAUUGUCAGGAUAUAAAGUUUUGAACAGGAUUUAAUAAUCUAAUUUUUUCAGA